UCAUUUCGCGUUACAGUUACACUUCUCUGAGAGAUUGCUCUGAUGUCUUUCCUCCCUUAAGUGCUACGUUUUCCUCCGAGGCCUGUGGGCCCAAUUACCAGAAUCACUUUCUUCCCCAAGGUGUACUACAAACCUCCACAUGUUGGACAAUAAGAUUCAGCGGAGAAUGAACACCACCCCAUCUUCCUUUCAUAAGUAAACCAUUCUUGCCAAUUGCUGUCCCAUCAUUCACUGUCCUCAUGUCUACCUUACUCCUCAAUCUCGACUUUGGGGAACCUCCUCCCAAAAAGGCAUUAGAAGGAAAUGCCAAGCACCGAAACUUUGUCAAGAAGCGGAGGCUCUUGGAACGGCGGGGCUUUCUGAAUAGAAAGAAUCAGCUCCCUAACAAGGCACCUAAGCUGCACUCAGAACCUCCAAAGAAAGGGGAAACUGCUCGAGUAGAUGACACUUGGAAGAUCCCUCUUGUCCCAAAAAAGAAGACAGCUGCCUCCAGCAGUGGGUCAGAGCAGUCCCUGAACAAGAAAGCUACAGUGUCUUGGCUGACCCCUGCCCCUUCAAAGAAGGCUAAUUCUGUUGCAGCUACAGUAGACUUGCUGGGGGAGUUCCAGAGUGCCCUUCCAAAGAUUAAGAGCCAUCCCACCCGCUCCCAGACAAAGGGCACCCAGAAGAACCCCCCUCAGAAGAACCGCCCUCAAAAGAAUGCCCCACAGAACUCCACCCAAGCUCACUCAGAGAAUAAAUGCUCUGGAGCAUCCCAGAAGUUGCCAAGUAAGAUGGUGGCAAUUGACUGUGAGAUGGUGGGCACAGGCCCCAAAGGGCACAUUAGUUCCUUGGCUCGAUGUAGCAUUGUCAGCUACAAUGGAGAUGUCCUUUAUGAUGAGUACAUCCUUCCCCCCUGCCACAUCGUGGACUACCGAACCAGAUGGAGUGGUAUCCGGAAGCAGCACAUGGUGAAUGCUACGCCAUUCAAGAUUGCCCAGAGCCAGAUCUUGAAGAUACUUAGAGGGAAGAUAGUGGUGGGGCAUGCCAUCCACAAUGACUUCAAAGCCCUUCAGUACUUUCAUCCCAAGUUCCUCACCCGUGACACCUCCCAUAUCCCCCCCCUCAACCGGAAGGCCAACUGCCCAGAGAAUGCCACCGUGUCUCUGAAGAGUCUCACUAAGAAGCUGUUGGACCGGGACAUCCAGGUUGGGAAAAGCGGACAUUCCUCUGUGGAAGAUGCCCAGGCCACCAUGGAGCUGUACAAGUUGGUUGAAGUCGAGUGGGAACAGCACCUAGCCCAGAAUCCCCCAAAAGACUAGCAGCAGGGGGGAUGGUGGGUAUGUGGGGAGGCAGAGGCAGCACCUAGGAGAACCAGGGCAGUGGACCAAUGGGCAGCUCUACCAUCUCCACACUUUGGAAGCUAGAAUUGUUGUCGGGGGAGAGGCUCUACCCCAGACUUAAUAUCCAUUGAAGUUUCACCUCAGGUGUUGUGUCCUGUGUCUGGUUACAUGUCCUCUGGAAGGGGGAAGCCUCCAUGUCAGAACCUAGCCCUAUACUGUUUACUUCUUAAAUGGUGCUAACCACAGGUUCCAGGGCACUUUGCAUCAGUCAGGCUUUUAACUUUAAAGGGACAGGGCAUACUGGGAAAUGUAGUUUCCCAAAUUGCCUCAUCACUAAGGUGGCCAUGUGACUCAUUUUAUUCCUUUUGUUCUCAAGUAAUUAACAGCACCCUCUUUCACUCAAAAGUAUCCUGGUUGGAUGAUAAAGAAAUGGUCACAUUACAUUUCAUAGACUUUGCUUUUGGCUCAGAGUCUCCAUCUAGGCUAUGUCAGCAUAUUGCCUGUUCUUCCCACCUUGAUGUCCAGGGGAGCUAUCUGUGGUCAGGUUAGUUCCCCUUACGGUUAUAAGGCAGCAGAGGUAAAAGUGUAGCUUGGAAAUCAACUUUACUGAUUUAGGAAAUCAAUCUCUUUCCUAAAGUAAUAAAGGAUUUAUUUAAUUUAGGUUCCACAUGGUAGGUUAAAAAGAAUUUAAAGUGUUUUAAUGGUUUUUAGUCUUUUACCUUGCUAACCCAAGCCUCUAAAAACUCAAAUUAUUCCCUUGAUAAAUUUUUAUAAUGGAAAAACAA